AUGCGUGAAAUUGUACAUAUUCAGAUCGGCCAGUGCGGGAACCAGAUUGGAGCCAAGUUCUGGGAGGUGAUUGGCGAGGAGCACGGGAUCGACGUGGCCGGGAGCUACUGCGGGGACUGUGCUUUGCAGCUGGAGAGGAUCAGCGUGUACUACAACGAGGCCCAGGGUAAGAAGUAUGUGCCGCGGGCGCUGCUGGUGGACCUGGAGCCCGGGACGAUGGACAGCAUCCGAUCCAGCAAACUGGGAGCUCUCUUCCAUCCGGACAGCUUCAUCUACGGUAACUCUGGGGCCGGCAACAACUGGGCCAAGGGCCACUACACGGAGGGCGCCGAGCUGGCCGAGCGCGUGCUGGACGCCGUGCGCAGCGCCAGCGAGGCCUGCGACUGCCUGCAGGGCUUCCAGCUGGUGCACUCGCUGGGCGGCGGCACGGGGUCCGGGAUGGGCACGCUGCUGCUGGGCCGCAUCCGCGAGGACUUCCCCGACCGCAUCGUGAACGCCUUCAGCGUGCUGCCGUCGCCCAAGGUGUCCGACACGGUGGUGGAGCCCUACAACGCCGCGCUGUCCCUGCCGCCGCUGGCGCAGCACGCCGACGCCUGCUUCUGCAUCGACAACGAGGCGCUCUACGACAUCUGCCUGCGCACGCUCAAGCUGGCCGCGCCCGGCUACGGCGACCUCAACCACCUGGUGUCCCUGACCAUGAGCGGCGUCACCACGUCGCUGCGCUUCCCGGGCCAGCUCAACGCCGACCUGCGCAAGCUGGCCGUGAACAUGGUGCCCUUCCCGCGCCUGCACUUCUUCACGCCCGGCUUCGCGCCGCUCACCAGCCGCGGCGGCCGCCAGUACCGCGCGCUCACCGUGGCCGAGCUCACGCAGCAGGUGUUCGACGCGCGCAACGCCAUGGCCGCCUGCGACCCGCGCCGCGGCCGCUACCUGACCGUGGCCUGCAUCUUCCGCGGCCGCAUGUCCACCAGGGAGGUGGACGAGCAGAUGCUCGGCGCGCAGAAGCGGCACAGCGGCUGCUUUGUGGAGUGGAUCCCCAACAACGUCAAGGUGGCCGUGUGCGACAUCCCGCCCCCGGGGCUGAGCAUGGCCGCCACGUUCAUCGGCAACAGCACGGCGGUGCAGGAGCUGCUGGGCCGCGUGGCGGAGCGCUUCUCGGCCAUGUUCCGGCGGAGGGCGUUCGUGCACUGGUACACCAGCGAGGGCAUGGACGUGGGCGAGUUCGCCGAGGCCGAGAGCGACAUCCGCGACCUGGUGUCGGAGUACCAGCAACUGCAAGACGCCAGCGCGGGUCCGGAGGACGACGGGGAGCUCGCGGGGGAGGCGGAGAUGGAGCCGGAAGAUGCGCCGCACGAGCCUCGCGGGGCCCUGUGA